AUGGCAGAAUUAAAUUUGCGCGCUUCGGCAAUAAAGGCCAUUAAACGCAUACACGAUCGGGUGAGUGGAUUCCAGCAGGGUGCAUUUGAUGAAUUUCAUCUUCAGCAAGAGUUGAAAUCAUUGUCAGCACAUUAUGCACGUUUCGUGACCAACCAUGACCUGUUGGUGGGCAAUGCAGCAAACGCCGAGUUGGAGGCCCACGAGAAGUUAUGGGAAGAGGUUGAAGGUAUUUACAACAAUGCAUGUAUCCACUUGAACCGUGCAAUCAUGGGUGCAAAACCGAGUCAGUCUGCUGUGAUGCCUGUGCGAGAGUGUGAGGUUAAGUUAGAACCGCUUGCAAUUCCAACGUUCGAUGGAACUAUGCAGAAUUGGCUGGCGUUUAAGGACGUUUUUGAAUUGCUUGUCCACAAUACAGACUAUCCUGAGGCCUACAAGUUAGGCAAGUUGCGGCAGGCAGUAAGCGCAAGUGCUGUACCGCUCGUCGGGAGUGUAUAUUCUGGGGGAUACGCUGAUUUAUGGAAGGCGCUUAAAGAACGUUUUGACAAUAGAAGGCAACUGGCUGAGACUCAUGUGUCUCGCUUACUCAAUAUCAAGCCGACAACUGAGGACACACCAACUGCGUUACUGUUCAUCGUCGACACGGUACAUGAAUCACUACGAGUUUUACAUGCCAUGGGUCUACCAGUGGCCGAAUGGGAUGCUGUGGUCGUACCAGAUGAGAUCUUUUUCAAAGAUGAGAUCUUUUUCAAAGCGAAUCUAAACCAGAACAUCGGAUGUCUCACAAAACGUCGGGUUUUAAGAGAGGUCGCCAAACUAUUUGAUCCUACUGGCAUGCUUGCUCCAAUUGUUAUUGCCGGGAAGAUAUUUAUUCAGAAGUUGUGGUCUGCUGGCUUAGAAUGGGAUGCACCACUCCCAGAUGCACUUCAAAAUACGUGGGUCUUAUUUUACAGAGAACUUGACGUGAUAAACCGUAUCCGGGUACCACGAUGGUUAGGUUUGGCUGAGGGUAAGACUACUAUGCUACUUGGGUUUUGUGAUGCAAGUCCACUUGCCUAUGCGGCUGUCCUCUAUACUAGGACAACAGACGGUGAAGGUCGGUCAACUGUAUCAUUGCUAACAGCUCGCACCAAAGUGGCGCCACUCAAGGGUGCAACGAUUCCUCGCCUAGAACUUUGUGCGGCACAUUUACUCGCAUCCACACUUGACAGUGUGCGGACUGCUUUACGUCUAACGGACGCUUCUUAUCAUUUAUGGUCCGACUCGCGAAUCGUGUUAUGUUGGUUACGUAAACCUCCAACUACUCUCAAGCCGUACAUUUCCAAUCGUGUUCGUCACAUUCAAGAGCUGACAUCACCAGAUCGUUGGCAUUAUGUACGGUCUGCACAAAAUCCGGCAGACUGUGCCAGUAGAGGUAUCCGAGCAUCAGAACUGGUUGAACAUCAGUUGUGGUGGCAAGGGCCAAAAUGGCUUAUGGACAAACAGCUACCAAUUUCCUUUGGGAUCGAAUUAAAAGAUGACGAGCUUGACAUUGUACGUGGUGAACAGAGAGUGUCAUCAUUUUUAGCAACGACGGCCCACGCGAGCAUUCUUACAACUCGACGUCUAGACGGCCAAAUAAUUCCAUUAAGCGAACGCUUUAGUUCAUUGCAAAAGCUUCUUCGUACCGUGGCAAUCGUACUUCGGUGGCUACCAGUUCGCCGACAUUUGCGAAGACUGAUCGUCAAUCCUACAGAAAUGGACGAUGCUCUUAACGUGCUAAUCCGAAACGAGCAAUAUACCUUUGCGACUGAUAUGUCUCUGAUUCGGAAGGGAUCGGAAAUAUCCAGCUCUAGCAAACUAAGGUCAUUGAACCCUUACAUAGACUGUAACGACAUAUUGCGAGUCAGAGGUCGUAUUGGUCACGCUGACCUUCCAGAAGAUCGACGUUUUCCGAUAAUUUUACCGAAGCAUGGGAGUUUGGUACACUUACUCAUCCGACACGCACAUGAAACCACGCUUCAUGGUGGGGCGCAAAUCACUCUUCAAGCUCUUCGCGCACGGUACUGGAUAUUGAACGGAAGGCAAGCAGUCCGAAGCUUCGUGCAGACUUGUGUUAUUUGCCGACGACAUCGAGGCGUAACGUUAUCUCAGCAGAUGGCAUCCUUACCCAGGCAUCGCAUUACUGCAGCACGGCCAUUUAUAUCUUCAGGCGUCGACUAUUGCGGGCCUUUUACAGUGCGCAUCGGCACAAAAAGAUCGCGUACAACGAUCAAAACAUAUCUAGCUGUUUUCGUUUGCAUGGCGACCAAGGCCGUGCAUAUUGAAGUUGUCGAUGAUCUUUCUUCACCUGCAUUCUUAGAUGCAUUUACGCGAUUUACAAGUAGACGAGGUCCAUGUCGAGAUCUCUAUAGUGACAACGGUACUACGUUCACAGGUGCUAACCGUUUGCUUAAAGAAGACUUGGCUGCUUGGCAGAACGACAACAACCAACAAAGUUUGGCGAAUCUCGGUACUCAUUGGCACUUUAUCGCUCCCAGCGCUCCUCAUCAAGGUGGUCUCUGGGUGGCUGCGGUAAAAUCUGCCAAAUAUCAUUUGGUGCGCCUCGUUGGAGCGCAGUCAUUAUGGUAUAGCCAACUUCAGACUUUGGCGACACGCAUUGAAGCAUGCCUAAAUUCUCGUCCGCUAACACCUAUAUACGAUGAUCCCAAUGAUAAGUUAGCUUUGACCCCUGCCGACUUUCUGGUUGGCGCUCCACUGGUUGCAGUCCCUGAAGCUGACAUCAGAACAAUUCCGUCGAACCGUAUUAAGCACUGGCUCUGGCUGCAUCAGAUACAUCAACAAUUUUGGCAACGAUGGAGUGAGGAAUAUUUAUCUACUCUUCAAACUCGAAACAAGUGGCAGACGAAAUCAAGGGACGUAAAGAUCGGAGACAUAGUCAUCGUAAGACAUGAGAACUUACCACUAACAUAUUGGCGCUUAGGGCGCGUAACUGCGGUUCAUCCGGGCAGCAAUGGUCUAAUACGUAACGUCACGCUUCAGACAGCGAACGGUAUGAUGACGCGUGCGGUACAGAAAUUGUGCCGGCUUCUGGACGCAGAGCAUUUUGAGGCCAACGCCUCAACCGGGCAGGAUGUUCAGAAUUCGUCCAGUCUGGCACCACCUUAA